CCCUUUCGACCUAUCUCUUCCAUCUCCAUCGCCAACGCAUCCACCACGUCAUCAGCACCCGGCUUCCGCGGUCCAUCCGUUAUCAUGUUUGCUCCGGCGCCAACCAACGGCAGCCAGAACGGUGCUCCCACGUCCAUGACCACCCGCGGCCGCCGACGCCAACGCCCACUGAGCGCCGACAACUCUCUUCCAUUACCUAAAUCUAAGCGGCUUAGAUCCGAUCGUCCGCAAGUUACCGAGCAGACCUUCGUGGAUCCGAUUGCCGCUCCUGAGAACUACGAGGUCAAGUCUGCACAACCCUCUACUGUUGGGACCAAGCAAGAUGGCAUUGAGCGGCCCGUAGCUACACCGAGACAGGAAUUGAGCGUACGCUCGAAGAAGAGCCGGCAAGGUGAUCGGCUGCACAAGGGGGACGGCACUACACUCCUGUCUACCAACAUUGCCUUUGAUGUUAGAAAGCUUCCAGCUCUCCCAGAACGGAUAAAACUUGACAUAAGCAGUCGCCAGCAUGGCUUCGUGGAUACCUCGAUCGGGUUCGCUCUUAGCCUCACCCAUACGCAUGCCGUCGUCUGGCCGUAUACGGCGCCUGCGCUCUCUCCCGAAUCCUUCACAUUCACACUCCCGUAUCCGUCGAAACAUGCGACCGACCCUCUGCCGCUAGGGCUGCUUGUUUCUCCCUCUGCAUCUUCCUCCGAACCUGGCCUUGUAGUUGUGAUGCCUACGAGUGGUAAGAUCACCUUUUGGGAAUCAAUCUCCAGCGCUACAACCCUCGACUUUAUGCGACAACAACGAACCGGUGUUGAGGACUCUAUAUCCGGAAUGUGCUCUGGGGAACGUGUCAUUCAGUUGAUCAAUGUGGAAGCAGCUGCUGGCUUUAUCUUGGCAUUUAGCACGGGUCGAAUCGCGUACCUCAGCGUACGAGAUGCACAAGGACGACCUAAAGUUUCGGUCCAGUUCCUGCGCACCAGUCUUGGACCCUCCAGCGGGGGCUUUCUUGGGAGCAUACGUAACGUUCUUUCUCACUCGGCACUACAGGGCGAUAUAGCAGCCGUGCGAGCUGGUCGGUCGUCGAAGCAGGGCGAGUGCACUGUCGUAGCCGCGACGUCGAAAGGUCGAAUAAAUUCGUGGAGGAUACACCGUGGAGGACACCAUGACCUGCUCGCUGAAUUAGAUGUGCGAAGUGCUAUUUUCGACGCAAUCCGGCAUACAGAUGAAAAGAGUAGUGCGCUCGCUUCCGACUCCUUCAAGAUUAUUGACUUCUGCUUCGUACCAAAGGGCAUGUCUUCUAAGUAUACCGAGAUGAGCAAGUUACGUCAGCUACCACCAGCCGACGAUCGACAACACUUAUUAUUAUUGACUUCACUUGACGAUAAGCACCUUUGCCGGUAUAGUCUAGUUGAGAUGUUAAUACAAAAUGGACAUCCACAAGAUUCCCCCAUAGACAUCGGUAUGGUUCGAUCAAUAUCAAGUUUUACCACUCCACCCGAUCCGCAUGCGCUCGCGAGACCACGACUAUAUCUACCUAAGCCUAAUGUGAUUGCCUUCCUCGUUUUCGACCAUGCCACUGUAGUGGCUUCUGUCGCCCAGCCUCCCGAAACACCAGAUUCCCAAAUUAUGGAAGAUAAUCAUGUCUUACCGGCCGACUUUGAGGACAUCAUUGAUUUACGUCGCGAUCCAGCCCUGGAGAUUGUAGGAUCUGGCUCAGAAGAACCUCAGAUCUACGACAAUGAAGAUAAUGAGAUACGGCCGGCUCGGAUCAAGACGAAGAAUCCGACCGCUGUGCUACUUGUGCGAGGAGUUGGUAUUAUGCGUGUGGCAAUUACCGAUUGCCAACGUUUUGCGAGCAUGGCGCCUCCUAAGCUUACAGCGAAAAUCAAACUAGAACAGGCCGUCUUUUUUGGUAUCAAAGACGACAACCCUCUUGUAUUCGACGUGCAGCACAACAUUCGCUUUAGCGACAGGGAGUAUGGAGAGGCAGCCUUGGCACUGAGUGAAGAUAUUCUUGCUUCAACUGGACCACACCUCGCACCAUUGGCCGCUAGGCUCGACGACAACAUUAAGGAUCGCGUUCGGUUCUUGCACACAAUAAUGACGCAUAUCAACCGAAUUGGCGUCAACCUGGACCGGAGCACUAAAUGGCAGCUGAUUUGGAACGCGGAGAAGAUGCAUGUUGCUGGUACACUCUGGCGCAAGCACGAGGAAUUCCUGCACAUGCGUCCUGCAACUUCGAAGAAAACUAUUGUAGCGGAAAUCGUAGAAUACAUUCGCUCUGAAGAAAAGUCAAAGCCUGACCGUGCCAAGGGAGAGACGGACGAGCUUAGGCACUGGUUUAUACACGACAUUCACCGGAUGGAGCUGUUCAUCGCCUGGGCCUACCAAGUUAUCAAGCACAACUCUAAGGCAAAAUUGGACACAGUCUCUCUCACGCGAUUGACAUACGAGGCUUCGGACAUUUACAACAGCACCAUUCGUGACGCAUAUACCUUUCGGCAAGCCCAUCUUGAACUCUACGGGCUGAAAAGAGAGAAGCUCAACCACGGCAUUCUUGAAGGCGAUUACUCAGGCUUACCUACACCCUGGACUGCAAACAAAUUUGUGGCAAACAACGUGAAGCGCCAAGUGGAAUUGGUCACUGAAUGGGUCAAGCACCCUGACGAAUCCCAUACCGAGGAACAGAAAGAUCAGAUUACCAGAAUGAGGCAAUUAUUGCCAGAAAUGACUGAGAUUUAUCUCUCUGUGCUUCAAGAAUUGACUAGAUGGAAUCUUGCAAGUGGAGAUUCUAAGUUAAUAUCAGAAGGCCAAAAAUAUGAGGAAGUUUAUAACGAAGACCGUCAUAACAAAGUUGUUUCACUCGCCCAAUCCAAUAACUGGGAGGCUGCAAUCAAAAUUGCAGAAACCCAUAGGUCCCUACAUGCAUUGGCAGAGGUACUCACUCGCGAAAUUGACCUCCUUCGCGAUGAGCUCUCUUCCUCGGAUAUUUCUCCUAGUCAGGCUGAAAAGAUCGAGUCAAGAAUGACGGAAAAGGAGAAAAAGGUUCGCGACUGCUUUGACACCUAUGGCGAGGACUUCGCAUUUCCAUUUUAUGAUUACCUUUUCGCAACUUAUGGUGUAGAUGCCCUCCUUGAAUACGAGGGUGACAAGAAGUACAAAACCAUUUACCUGCGAACAAAGCCAGAAUUAGCUAAAAUAUCUUGGAUCAAUGAUAUCGUUGGCGAGGAGGACAUAGACCACGCAGCUAAUACGCUUCUCGAUCUCGGUCUGGCCAGGGAGCAACAAGUCUGGAACAAGAAGAUUGAACUCAGCCUCGGCAAGCUAGCUCGAAUGGCAGAGUGCUCACGCCCUGCCAGUAAAGCAUCAGUGGCCAUCCAGGAAGUAAGCAUCAAUGGAACAACAGAGGACGCACGGGUUGAUGCAAUUGAUAAAGAGCUCGCUAUCAUCAACAUUCAAGACGAAUUCUAUGAAACUCAAAUCCGUCCAGUCAUCAAGGUAGCCCUCGAUGAAGCCUCAGAACCUCGUCUCGUUCAAGAUGCUUUUGGUCUACAAUGUCCGAAAAAGUACAAAAUCCUCGCCCAACUUUUCGACGAUGCCAUGAAAAGGCUACUCAAGCACGAAGCUCUCGAUCCACUAACUCUAAUUGAUCUUCUCACCAUGGUCACGCUACCUCCAGAGACUAAAGAAAACAUUGCCGAUCAAUUUUUCCUCGCCAUUCAAGUGGCCAGCAAUGGUCUUCGCGGAGACGAGCGUUACCAAGCUGAGAGACUUAUUUGGAGACGAUGCUUCCUGCGUGAAGAUUGGACCUCGAUCAAUAACACUUCAAUGAAGGAUGACGAGGAAACAAUGGAUGUUCUCGGCCAAACCGACCUCUUCCAACUCUACUGCACCUUAUAUGCUAACCAAAACAGCCGCGAGGCUAAGUUGGCGCAUCGGAGAUUAGCACCUUCACAGGCUGUCGGUGUCUACACAGACACGCUGGACAGACGCUUUACGAACAUGGAGAAGGGUUACCAAGAGAAGAUGCUCGAAGCUAUGCGAUGGGAAGAUGCAAACCUUCGUAAGCACAUCGAACAGCAUCGGCUAGAAGAAUGGACCCAAGAAACCCAAAAGCUUGCUGAGCAGGCGGUUGACCAGCAGUAUGACGACGUUACAGAGGCACAAUCAACAGGAAACCUACCCAAGACACUACCCGCCAGGAAGCUUUGGGUGAAGUCAGCGGAGGUCGCAAAUGGACGGAAUGGCGCGCAUUAGAUAUCACUGUUGGCUUGAUGACAGACCAUUGUACUGG